GCGGAAGUGAAACGCGACCGUUUUCUGAGGCUGAUGUCGAUAUACUUCCACACUUAAGCACGCGUUCCUGUCUUUUAUGUCCAGCCGUAGCUCCUGAACAUGGCGGCGAAGGGGGCCAAGGAGACUAUCGUGAAUAAACUGGGCUUUAAAAGCAGCAACUCCAAAUCAGUGGAGAUGGAGGUCGAGAAACUGAAGAAAGAGAAUCAGCAGCUGAAGAAAAGUCUGGAGGACACGAAGAGAGCUGGGAGACUUCAAAACACACAUCCAGACUCCGACAAAGCCAAGCUUCUGGAGAGGAUCUUGGCUCUGGAGACGCUGAGGGAGAGGAACUCGCAGCAGCUGCUGGGAAAGGAGCAGGAGAUCUCCGGCCUCAGACAGCAGCUGCGUGCCGCUCACGGAGACGUGGUGUCUUCACUGCAGAGCCAGCUCGAGCAAAAACAACACGAGGCCCAACAGAGAGAGAAACAGUUUCAGGCUCUCUCCAAGGAGACCGAAGACCUGAAAAACAAGUAUUGUGCUGUUUCUGAGAGGUGUGACACACUUGAGAAACAAAAGGUUCCGUCUGGUGAGCUUGCGGUGAUUCAGCAGCAGUUGCAAGACGCUUUGGAGAAGAACCAUAACUGGCUUGUAUAUGACCAACAGCGGGAGGCCUACGUUCAGGGCGUUUUGGCCCGGACCAAAGAGUUAGAGACGCAGUUAAAUAAUGCAAAGCAAGCACCCCAACAGCAGAACAGAGAAGCCACCUCAGAUGGACAGUCCGGACAGCUGGAGGCAGAACGUGCCCGAGUCAGCCGGAUCCAGACAGACCUGGAGGAUCUGAGAGGAAGGUACGAGGAGAAGAGCAGGGAAGCGGCUCAGGCUCGGGAGCAGCUCCUGGAGGAGAGGAAGCGUGAGCGGGAGACUCUGCAGGAGGAGAGGAGGUGUUCGUCGGAGAGAAGCGCUCGACUGCAGGGAGAGCUGGAGGAGGAGAGGAAGAGGGUGGCCGAACUACUGACGCAGGUGAAUCUACUGCAGAAAUCUCUGAUGAAUCAGCAGGAGGAGAAGAAAAGAAUCGCUCUUUUGGAACAACAGGUCCAGUUGUCGGCCAAAGAGUCUGAAAGUGAUAAACUGGACCGUCAGACUCUACAGCACCAGCUGCAGAAAGUUCUGAAAGAGCUUCGUAAGGCCAGAGACCAGAUCACACGCCUGGAGUCUGCCAAACAGCAGAGGGAGUCUCGUUUCUCUGAGCCCAGCUCCUACAACAGGAUGGAUUUCGAAAGAUUGACCAUUCAAGAUCAAACCACAUCUCCAUCUAAAGUCCAUAACGUACUGGAUGAGAGCAUCCUGGAGUGUCCGAACUGCGGCGCUUCAUAUCCCACCAGCCAGCACAGAGAGCUGCUAGCCCACCUCGACUACUGCUUCAGCUAAAACACACGCUUCUUUUGUGCGUAAACUUCAUUAUUUAGGGCGCUUUUUACUUUUUUCUUUUUUUUUUUUCUAGAAACCAUUCCAAAGAAAUGUUUCAGUAUUUUAUAUUAACAAGUGUUUUAUUACUAUAUUUAAGAACAAAUAAGUAGUCCAAUUUUACACAUGUGAAAAGUGGGGAAAAAACUUUUUUUUUACGUGGGGCAUAUUUAAAAAUAUAUUAAUUUAUGAAUGUUUUUUUUUUUUUUUUUUGGGUGACAAGGUUG